AAGUGUACCAGUACCCUGGAGUUAUUUGCUUAACUUACUUAUGUGUCUUGACAUGCUGCAUGAAUCAUCCUAAAAAUACAGAGAUGGGAACAAAAGUGGGUCAUGAAUUUUCGUGGUUGAGUAGGUAUGCACCAGAAUUUUGUGUUAAAGGAGAAAAUAUCGAAAUCUUAGAAACUCCCACAGACUUCUACCAGAGAUUGAAAAGUGAAGCAAAAAAUGCUCAAAAAAGAGUUGUGCUUGCUGCUCUUUAUUUGGGAAAUGGUGGCUUGGAAGAAGAUCUUGUUGGUUCUGUGAUUGAUGCUGCAAAAAAGACUGAUAAUAAUGUAAAAGUUGACAUCUUACUUGACUAUGUUCGUGGAUCAAGGGGAGAAAAUAAUUCAAAAACAAUGCUAAAACCAUUAAUUGACCAAUACAAUGGAUCAGAUAAAUUGACAAUCUCACUAUAUCACACUCCAAAAUUAAGAGGUUUGUUGAAAAAAUAUUUACCAGCCCGAUGGAAUGAAGUAAUUGGAGUUGCCCAUUUGAAAGUGUUUAUUUUCGAUGACACAUUUAUAAUAAGUGGAGCUAACUUGAGCAAUGACUACUUUGUGAAUAGACAAGAUCGUUAUAUGGUGUUUCAUGAUUGCGGCCAACUUGCUGAUUACUUUCACCAGUUGGUAAACACAGUAGGCAUGUUUUCGUUCCAACUAGUCUCUGUCACAAAUCAGAAAUUAAUUUAUAAUGGCGAUCAUCAUCCUUUUGAGGGAGAUGAAAAUGCAUUCAAAAAAGCGGCUCAAGAGAGUGUAAUGGCGUUGAUUAAAAGACAUCUUGCACAAAAUGCACUUACUAAUGUAAAGUUGUUUCAAGAAGGAAUAAUAUCGAAGACAAAAUUGGGGUUUAACAACUUUUUUCAAUAUUCCACAUCACUUCUUACGUCCAUCAGCAAUGCUGCAUUGUCGCUAUUGGGAUUUGGUAAGUCUAUUAUAGAGAAGAAUUAUGAUUCUUCACAGAUUAGCACUCAUGAGAUGACCCAAAAUUUUAUCUCACAAACUACAAGUGACAAGCAGAAUACCAACUGUAAAUUUGAUACAUGGGUUUAUCCCACAAUACAGAUGGGUCUUUUUGGUAUUCGUCAGGAUGAAGUUGUUACAGAAACUCUCAUGAAAACGUUUCCUAAAGGAAGUACAGUGUCUUUCACGACUGGUUAUUUCAAUGUGACUGAUAAAUAUUGUUACGAGGUAGUAAAUAACGCUGCUAAUUACAACAUUUUGCUGUCAUCUCCCGAGGCAAAUGGUUUCUUUGGUAGUAAAGGAUUUUCAGGAUAUAUACCAGCUGUGUACAUUCAUUUGUGCAAAAAAUUCUCAAAAAAGGUUGCUGCAUAUAAUAGAAAAGAAGAUAUUUCUCUAUGGGAAUAUAUACGUGAUGGGUGGACAUUUCAUGGGAAAGGUAUGUUCUGUUACCUACCUGGGGAAAAACUUCCAAGUAUGUCAUUAAUUGGUUCCCCCAAUUUUGGUUUACGAUCUGUUAGCAGAGACUUGGAAGCACAAGUAGUUGUUGUCACAAAAAAUCCCAAGCUUCAACAAAGACUUCAUGAUGAACAAAAUUAUUUAAUGAAGCAUACAAGAAAAAUUACAUCUGAAACUUUUCAACAGCCGCGAUAUAAUGUACCUAGAUGGGUUGCUUUUGUCACAUUUUUCAUUAAACGAUACUUUUGAUAGCUAAAAUUAUGAACACUCAGAUAUAAAUGGAAACAACACAUUCAAUUAUUGAAAAUGUUAUUGUCAUUAAUCCAAAAAUUUUUUCUUUGUGAUCUCUUUUUCCAAUUGUAAAAUGCUUGCUAAUUCACUUUCUGCUAUAAAAUCUAUGCAGUGUUUUUUAUUCAAGUACAAUUAUCUUCUUUGUGAACCUAAAAUGUAUUUUACCUCUAGUGGACAUUUAUCACUUACAGACUUUCCUGGGCAAUAAAUAAUGGCUGGGUCCAAAUUAAAGUACAGUGAUACCUUUGUAGAGGAGCAGCUUGAUACUCGAACAAUUCGGUAGUCGACCAAUUUGUCACAGACUCACAUUAGAGUCGGCAAUCUGCGCAACUAUCGCGAAAGCUGAACCUCUAAGGUGCGCGAUUUCCUAUUACAAUAUCGCAAACAAAAAACGAAUCCUAUAGAGGCCACAAAAAUUUGCUCAGAUGCACGGUAACUGAUAAAAACGUUUUAUACUUUUAUCUUUAUUACGUUUGAUCUUAUGUUAUGUACACAUUUGAAUAAUUAUUGCUGUUCUUUGGCAAAAAAUGUUACGAUACUCGAACAAAUCGGUGGUUAAUUAAAACCAAUCCUAAACGAAAUAUGUUAGACUAUCGAGGUAUCGCUGUACAUAAUCAUAUUCCAGGCUGUAUUUGUUUAACUGCAAUCAUAUUGAUGAUAACAAAAGAGCAGUAUUUCAUUCUAUAUAGCUUCCACUAGAAUAUGUCUUAUUAUAGUCACUAUAAUGGUAAAAUAUUCCCUUCUGUUGCUCCCUCCCUGAUCUUUGUGAUAUAUGAAGCAUAUACCUCUGAUAAAUAUGGUAAUUUUUCACGCCAAGACUGUUAAGAUGAAUGGUUCGCUUAUUAUAUUUUCCUUUUACUGCACACUGCACCAUUCAAAAUGAGAUUACAUUGUUAGCGGAUUGUAUGAACACGUACUUAUUCAUUUUGCUCUAUUCUCCUUGUCACUCUUUUGCAAUUUUGGAAUGUUAUACAGUAGGCCAGGGCUACUCAACUAUUUUUACCAUAGGUUCGCAUACAAAACUUCAAAAUCAUUUGGGUCCGGUCUUUUCAGUAAUUAUAUUUCGGCAUCUUUUUAGACUCCUUUUCUCGGCCGACUA